CCUGUUUUUCGAUAAAGUUUAAACUAGCUGGAUACAGACAUGGGUGCUGUUACAGAUGAUGAAGUUAUUCGGAAACGUCUUCUUAUUGACGGGGACGGAGCUGGUGAUGACCGCCGAAUCAAUGUCCUGUUGAAGAGUUUCACCAAAUGGUGCAACUCUCCUGCGACCCCGGAGGAGGGCUUUACGCAGUAUCAGAGGAUGUUGGGCACACUGGCCCAGUGCGAGUUCUCCAUGGGGAAGACGUUGAUGGUUUAUGACAUGAAUCUUCGGGAAAUGGAGAAUUAUGAGAAAAUCUACACUAACAUAGAACAAAACAUCACGUCAGCACACGAGAAGAUAGCAGAGUGCAAAAAGGAAAUUCAGAGGGCAAAGAGGAUACGAAAAAAUCGCCAAGAGUACGAUGCUUUAGCUAAGGUUAUCCAGCAACAUCCUGACCGGCAUGAAACACUCAAACAGUUGGAGGCGCUUGAUAAAGAACUCCAGCAACUGUCUCACAUCAAGGAGAAUGUGGAUGCAAAGUUGGAGCUGAGGAAGAAGCAGUUCCAUGUGUUACUCAGUACCAUACAGGAACUACAGCAGACCCUUGAGAAUGACGAAAAAUCUGACAAUGACGACAACAAUCAGGAAAGCCCUGCAGAGAAUGGCGAAUGAAUACGUGGAGAUCCUGACAAGAAUAGAUGAAGUCAACCAUUUCUUAAUGAUUUAGUUUUUUUGUCAAAGAAUGCUUUUUGUAUGUAUUGUUGAAUAAAGUUGGCAUGUCUA